UAAACUUCUUUGAUGAGGAAGUACAGAUAGACAGUGAUGAAGAAGAGGAAGGCGAAAAUGGUUGAGAAUGUUAAGCAACAUUGUUUCCCUAAUGUUCUGAAUUAUUCCAUGCUGGAAGAGAAUCACUUCAGUAACGACACUGUGAAUUGCUUUUGAUUUCUUUUUAUCAUUAGGGCUAGAGAUACCUAUUAUUUCACACAAUUAUAAAAUUCUAUAGUCCUAUGGGAGCCAUAUGUGGUGUUGGUGUGGUUAAGGGAUUCGGAAAGACCCUGUACAUGACCAAGGGUGGUGGUGGUACUAAUGUAGUAGCCGACGGUUACACCAAGGGUGAUGCCCUAGGUGCUGAAAUUGUUGGUACCUCUGUGCUCGUUUACACGGUUUUCUCUGCUUCUGAUGCCAAACAUAGAGCCAGAGACACACACAUUCCAAUAUUGGCCCCCUUGCCCAUUAGGUUUGCUAUGUUCUUGGUGCACUUGGCUACCAUCCCUAUUAUCGAUACAAGUAUUAACCGUGCCAGAAGUCUUGGUGCAGCAAACAUCUACAAUAAAGAGCAGGCAUGGGAUGAUCAUUGGAUAUUCUGGGUUGUACCAUAUGGUUUUGGUGGAAGAGGCGACAGGGGGAAAUUUUGCUCUGUGAAUAUGUCAAGUUCUUGUGAGUACAUCGAAAUUACCAGAGAUUGGAGACUAGGAGUACUCCUAAAAAUUUUGGCAGCUGCAGCUGAAGAGAAAGAAAUACAUUCAUUUGAAAUUGACCCUGCACAACUGGUCAGUAUGAAACUCGAUUGUGUACUGUUUUUUAUAUGGAAGAUCAAGGCUUUCUGUCAGAAUUUUGAUAGCAGUGAUUCUUCUUGUUUCUUUGGCAAAUUUCUUAAAAUCUUUCUGAAUGUUGAGAAUGUUAAGCAACAUUGUUUCCCUAAUGUUCUGAAUUAUUCCAUGCUGGAAGAGAAUCACUUCAGUAACGACACUGUGAAUUGCUUUUGA